CGGGAGGUGGCCCGAGCCGGGGCCGCGGGCCGAGCUGCCGAUUGGCCAACGGCUCCUUUCAACCCUGCCUCGUUGGUGGCCACUGGAGAAGCGCGGGGGGCUCCCCAGACAGCCGUGGGGACAAGUUAGAGCCAGCACUUUACCCUGGGCCUCGCGUUUAGCUUCCCCUCCCCUGCUCUCGGUGCCCCCGUGUCUGGGGGUGGGGAGUGCGGGUGUGGGGGUGUGCCCCCCUUAAAUGUCCCACCACUUGGGCAACUCUCUGGGCUUGUGUUCCAUCUCACUCUUGCUUCCUGCACGGUGGUUGAGGGAAACCACUUUGCAUCAUGUCCCGGUAUAGCUACCAAAGUCUUCUGGACUGGCUCUAUGGGGGCGUGGACCCCAGCUUUGCAGGCAAUGGGGGCCCCGACUGUGCUGCCUUCCUCUCUUGGCAGCAGCGGCUGCUGGAAAGUGUGGUGGUCCUGACCCUGGCCCUGUUGGAGAUCCUGGUGGCUCUACGGCACAUCCUGAGGCAGACGAAGGAGAACGGUAGGGGUGGCCGUGGCCACCAGCCAGAGCAGGUGACCCAGCGGCCAGAGGAAGGCAAGGAGAGCCUGAGCAAGAAUCUGCUCUUAGUAGCCCUGUGCCUGACCUUCGGGGUGGAGGUGGGCUUUAAGUUCGCCACCAAGACCGUCAUCUACCUGCUCAACCCUUGUCACCUGGUCACCAUGAUGCAUAUUUUUCUCCUGGCCUGCCCUCCAUGUCCGGGAGCUCUCGUGGUCUUCAAGCUACAGAUGCACAUGUUGAAUGGAGCUCUUCUGGCCUUGCUGUUUCCUGUGGUAAAUACCCGGCUGCUCCCUUUUGAAUUGGAGAUUUACUACAUUCAGCAUGUUAUGCUCUACGUGGUGCCCAUCUACCUUCUUUGGAAAGGAGGUGCUUACACCCCAGAGCCCCUCAGCAGUUUCUGGUGGGCCCUUCUUUCAACUGGCCUCAUGUUCUUUUAUCACUUCAGCAUCUUACAGAUCCUGGGCCUGGUCACCGAAGUGAAUUUGAACAACAUGCUGUGUCCGGCCAUCUCAGACCCAUUCUACGGCCCCUGGUAUCGCAUCUGGGCCUCGGGACACCAGACUCUCAUGACCAUGACCCACGGGAAGCUGGUCAUCCUGUUCUCAUACAUGGUUGGGCCCUUGUAUAAAUAUCUGCUGGAUUUGCUCCGGCUUCCAGCCAAGAAAAUAGACUGAAGGUGCUUUUUUUUUUUUUUCUCACUGAGGAAACAAGUCCUGACUUGACUUGGAGAACACCCAGUUCUUAAUGAAAUCAUGGGAGAGAGCAGUAGGAUAUUUGGUAUAUUUCUUUUUUCCUCCUCUCUGUCCCUUUCUUCCACCACUCUUCCUUCCCCAACUCUUCCUCCCAGGAUGUCACCUGGAACCUGGGGUGUAGUGCUGACAGGUCGAUUUGUCCUCCUCCCCUUUGCUCUUUCUCCCUGCUCCCAGUGGCCUUACAUGGGGGAGACAGUAGUUAGUAGCUUUCACUCUGCUUGUUGGUGCUUUAACAACAACUGGCUGAGAAGAACGGUAACAACAAGCAGCAGUUCUUUUGGCAUCGCAGUGAUGAGAAUGAUUGUUUCAUUUCCCCACUGCCAGGGACCAACAGGUUUUUGCUGGGGUCCCCUUUUGUCUCCAGCACAGCCCUCACCAUAAGGGGACUGGAGCCUUGUUUCUAUACCAGCAGAAAGCCAAGAGCCAAGGGAUUUCCCAGCUCAUGGCCAAAAUAGAACUGGCCAGAUUCUUCCCAUUGGUAUUCUAUGACUCAGAACAAACAGCCAACCAGACAUAUUCUCCAGGAGGCUGCCUGCAGUGGGAGGUAGGGCACUACCCGGCCCAAGGGCUUAAUUCCAUUGAGGAGGAUAGAGAGCUACUGCAAUGGCAAAUCCAAAGUGAACAAGGUUAAAAUGUCCACAGCUAAUACUGGGCAGGACCCUGGGUACAUUCUGCCUGUGAGAGUUGAGAACUGACCCAUAUUCCAAUCAGAAAUGAGCAUAGAAAUUAGCCAAUAGAAGUGGUAACUUCAGAAAAUAGUGAUUUGAAUCAUAUGUUCCAUUUUAGUUUAAUGUUGAUAAUAGAUGCCACUUUAAUCUUGAGUGUCCUUUAAAUGUUCUGUCUCUUUUAAAAGGCAGCUUCAGGGAAGGAUGAGCUAGAGUUGGGUUUUUUGUUGUUGUUAUUG